AUGGCAACUACUCCAACUCGGAGCCGUGAGAGGUCACUUUUGACUCUGGUUGACACCCAACGCCACCAGCCUGACCUGAGUAGGAGUAUAGAUACUGCUCAGCAACCUAUAUCCCCAUCAAGUUCAGCAAAGCAGAGGAAGGCGCUUUCCAGGAUCACAACUUCGCCGCGCACGAUGGUCAUGGAUGCUGAUUCCAGUUCUGGUGGUCCGAGUGGCUCGAGGCCGCAACGCCAGCAGCAGCAGCAGCAGCAGGAGGAAGGAGAGGAGGAGGUGACUGAGGAAGGAGGCAAAGACAAUGCGGACGAAACUCACGCGCCUGGAUCUCCCACAUUUGCGGCAGUGGAGACUACAGAGGAGGAUGACGAAGCAACAGUAACCGACAGUCCGUUUUUGGUCUUCUCGCCUAGAAUGAUCAAUGUCCGGAGACAAGGAGGAGGAUACAAGGAAUCAGGACUCAAUUGCACUACACCCACACGGCCGAGACAUGGAGAGGCCAACAACUGGAUCGGUGAUCUGUUCUCUCGAGGAAGGGUGACGCGAUCCCGGCGGACGCAGGACGAUGCACUUGUUGAGUUGGAUCAUAAUAAUAAUGUGGCCCGGAGAGAAGUCGAGGAUGCUGAUGAGGAUGGAGAUGAGGAUGAUGACGACGUGGGGGAUGUAUCGAGGAGUGGCAGUGGGUUCAGGUCGCCGGUGACACCAAGAUCGCAGUUUGGUCGGUGGAAGUUUGAUAUUAUGAUGAAGCAGUCGACGAUGAAGCUGCCUAAGCUGAGUGGUGAGGAUGCAGUAACGGUGGAAGAAGAUCAUGGCAAUGAUGAUGGCGACGAGGACGAUAGGGAAGCGGAUGAAGAUGACGAGGGUGAUGUGAGCGACGAUACGCAGUGGCCUUUUGGAAAGAGUCACAUCGAAUCGGAUCCUUCGACACCCAAACGGAGACCUUCCAAGAUACCCGGAGGACGCUUCAUGAGCCCAACUUCUCCGACAUUCCGGGACAGUGGCUGCGAUGAUAGAGAAGUGGUCGAGGACGACGGCGAGGGGGAUGAAGAAGAUGUCGCGGGAUCAGAUCAGGAUGAUGAUGCAUCUAAAGACGACAGUCGCACCUUGGAUUCACUCUCCAAAAGCCAACAGGAACAAAUCGCAGAAAGCGGUGACAAUGGCAUAGGUAGCAGUAGUAGUAGCAGUAGCAGUAACUGGAGCGGGAUGUUAAAACCGCACAACCUAAACCUACGACACCUUGGAGGACUUCCUUCCAGUCCCUCAGAGAGCUCAUCCGCAUCAUUUCACACCCCACCUCGGAAACGAACCCGCAAGGAUCUCGACGACAGCUACGGGCUCCGUCAACCCCCUCCAGCACCCAAACUGAUAUCGCCAGAGCAGGUGCUCCAGUUUUUCCCGACACACUCGCAGAGUCCUAGUGUUCUCAGGAGUCUUCAACUUCGCCGUGGGGCUUCAACCCUCGAUGGGUCUUUCAACCACUCGUCUUCGGAUCGUUAG